CUCGGCAGGCUCCGCAGGCUGCGCGGGACCCCGGGCGCCGCCGCCGCCGAGUCCGGCAGCGCUCGCUCCGAGCGGACUCCCUCUCCACGCGGGGCGCGGCGCGCAGACCGGCCGCGGCGCUCGGACAGGCCUCCCCGCGGCCCCGGCAGGUGGAAGCUCCCGGCGAGCGCUCCCGGCCCCGCAGCCCCCUUCCGCCGCGCGCCCGCCAACGCGGGCGCAACUUUCUUAAAGGGACAGGUGGCCAGAAUCCGCGUCCACCUGGGGUCGCGCCUCGGCCUCCCGGCCGGUCACCCCCUUGCAGGAGAGAGCCCCAGACUUCCCCGCCACCCACCUCCUUUUCUCUGGGCAGUGGCGGCUGGCAAGUUUUAAUGCACCCAGCAUCCUUUGGCAACUUAAUUCUUUUGGCCUUAAUCACCCACCCUCCCACCGCUCCUCAACGCAUGCUCGCGGGCACGCAGUUGCUGCCACUGCCGGCAAAGUUUAAAGAGAGGUGUCCCUACCCCUGCGCCCCGCCCCGCCCCACCCGGAGCCCCGGGGCGUGCAAGGCUCGCGGCUGCUGGGAAACGCCCGCUGCAAACCCCUUGACCCUGCCCUGUAACUGACCCUUGGGGAAAAGCCCCCCGCACCGCUACUGCGCAUGCUCUGAGUUGGACAGCUCCAGAGAGGGAAAUUUAAAAACGGUUCGAGCCGCGACGGCUACCAAAGUGCGGGACGCGAGGGGCGAGCUCGAGGGAAACCCCCCUCCGAUCCCCCUCCCGCCCAGGAGCGCCUGCAGCGGCGGCCGGCGUGGAUCGGCUCCAGGAGAUGAUAGAAAGUGACAUCUCUUCCAUGAUGUCAGGAAUUAUUCGACACUCGGGGCAAAAUCACCACCCCUCUCCACAGGAGUACAGACUCCUGGCCACUACUGGUGAUGAUGACUUUCCUGGGGACCUGCAGUCGCUGUCGUGGCUCACGGCCGUGGAUGUGCCGCGGCUACAGCACAUGGCCAGUGGCCGUGCGGACCUGGGCGGCCACAGUACGCCACACCCACACCCAGGUGCCUUAACCAGGACAGCUGACCUGCAUAUGGGAGCCACCCCAGGUCCACUGCUCCAUGGCCUGGCUGGCACAGCCUCCCCAGGCGUGCUGGGCCUGGGCCCCAUGGCCAGCCACGGAGCCAGUGUAAGCGCCUCCACAUGGGCCGGGGAGCAGGGGUGGGUGUCCUCCAGGACUGGGGUGCCCCACCGCCAUCCUGACCUCUGUCUCGCCCUCUCCCGGCCCCAGCAGAUGAACCAGCUCCCUGUGGGGGCCCAGCCCUCAUCUGGCCUGCAGGACCUGCCACAGCUGUACUCCCCCACCUCCCAACCACAGUUCCCACUCCCCGCAGGCACCCAGCAGUGCCCUUCUGUGGGCCUCUAUGGCUCCCCAUUUGGGGCACGGCCUCUCUACCCCCAGCCCCGCGUGGCCAUGCAUUCAUCUCAGGAGCUGCACCCGAAACACUACCCCAAGCCCAUCUACUCAUACAGCUGUCUGAUUGCCAUGGCCCUGAAGAACAGCAAGACAGGCAGCCUGCCGGUGAGCGAGAUCUACAGCUUCAUGAAGGAGCACUUCCCCUACUUUAAGACGGCCCCUGACGGCUGGAAGAACUCAGUACGGCACAACCUGUCCCUGAACAAGUGCUUCGAGAAGGUGGAGAACAAGAUGAGUGGCUCCUCGCGCAAGGGCUGCCUGUGGGCGCUGAACCUGGCCCGCAUCGACAAGAUGGAGGAGGAGAUGCACAAGUGGAAGAGAAAGGACCUGGCCGCCAUCCGCAGGAGCAUGGCCAACCCCGAGGAGCUGGACAAGCUGAUCUCAGACCGACCGGAGAGCUGCCGACGCCCUGAGGUCCCCGUGUUGACCCAUGCAACCACUGUGGCCAUGGUGCAUGGCUGCCUACCUGUCUCCCAGCUCCCACCCCAACCACUGAUGACCCUGUCCCUGCAGUCAGUCCCCUUGCACCACCAGGUCCAGCCCCAGGCACAUCUCGCCCCGGACUCUCCUGCGCUGGCUCAGACUCCACCCCUGCACACCCUGCCGGAGCUGAGCCCCAGCCCCCUGCCCCAGCCCGCCAUGGGAAGGGCGCCUGCGGACUUCAUCAACAUCAGCACCGACAUGAACACCGAGGUGGAUGCCCUGGACCCCAGCAUCAUAGACUUUGCCCUGCAGGGAAACCUCUGGGAGGAGAUGAAGGAGGAGGGCUUCAGUCUGGACACGCUGGGGGCCUUCGGAGACUCCCCACUUGGCUGUGACCUCGGGGCCUCGGGCCUGACCCCCAUUCCUGGCAGCAGUGACCAGUCCUUCCCAGACUUGCAGGUGACAGGGCUCUACACUGCAUACUCGACCCCAGAUAGCGUACCCGCGUCAGUUGCCACCUCCUCCUCUCAGUACCUAGGUGCCCAGGGCAACAAGCCCAUAGCCCUGCUUUGAGCCAAGAGCCUUGCCUGCCCUGGAACCGGGGCCCAGGCAGAGCGCCCACCCAGCCAAGUGUUCCCAGAAGCAAGGCCCCUCCUGUCCCCACAGGCCUCUGAAACUUCGGUGGGGCUGCUGGCUUACAGGCAAGCAGUUCCCGUCGGCGCCCCUGGCCCUCACACCUCCACUGGGAGCCUUGAGGCCUCCCCAGUCGGGAGGACAGAGGGUGGACAGGCAUCCUGGACUCCCCAGCCCCCUGACCCUCCUCCCAGACCUGAGACACGCCAUCUCCAGCCUGGUUCCCAGCUGUGCUCCCAGCGACCUGCUGUCUGCUUCGGGACUCACUGGUGUGCCGGGGAAACACCCCGGCUGGAAGGCCCUUUAAUUUAUUCUUCUGGGAUGAAACCUCCUCCUUAGCCUCCAGCGGACAGGCCCUGAGGCUGGGAGCAGCUGGCAGACCUUUUGACAGACAGGCUGAACUCUGAAAUGGGUUCCCCCUGCGGCCUCCAGGCCCACUUCUCCAGUAGCCUGUCAGACCAUCACAGAGCAGAUCCCCUGGCCCUGCCAGGCACUGUGACCUUGUGUACAUUUAUUUAUAUUUAUUGGAGCCCAUCCACACAAGCUGUUCAAACCCCGCCCGUGGCCCCUGGACUGAGACUCCCAGGCCCCUCCCCACACCCUUGCAAUCCUAACACCUAAAUCAUCAAUGACUUGCAUCUUCCACUGGCUCUUCCACCCUCUGCAGACUUGGGCUGCUUUUUAGAACAAGCACUUCCAAUACUAUCAAACACAUUGUUAAAAAUCUGAGACCAGUUAUUUUCUAACUGCUCAAUCAUGAUUCAGAUCUCUUCCCAUGUACGCCUAAGAGGCAAGGCAAGGAGCCAUAGUUUGGGGUUCUGGAGCUUUCUAAGGCAAAGCAGGAUGGGAAUGGAAGGGAUCCCAGGGGGUCUCUUUGUACUGGAUCUUAAGGCACUCCUGACGGAAAGAAGAGCGGUUUCCCGCAGCCAGUGGCAGCCGGCGCAGGGGCAGCACAGGUUCGCGUCUGCCUAGCCACUGCCCCACGGCCAUUUGUAUAUAUUUUUUUCUCAUUGCCAAGUCCCAGUUUUCCAAGUGGCGGGUUCUGUGGACAGCUGGGUUGGUGGACUGGGGAAAGAGAAGGCAACCAGGAGUCUUCCAGCUACACUGAAACAGAAACACUGCAGUGGUGGCUUACAACACUGUCCACGCUUGACCAGCUAGGGGCUUGGCUCUGAGUUCCCAAGCCCUGAGGACAGAAUUUUUCAAUUCAUCCAGUCAGCCAGCCAGGGAGCUUUGGUAUUUAGGCCUGUCUUGAAAGGCCAUUUGUAAGUACUCCUGUUUCUGGAACUUUCCACCGAGCAUCUGUCAUCCUCAGACACAGCCUGGUGCUGCCCAUCUGGCCAGCCCUGCUCAGCUGCCUGUGUGACAUGACCCCUGAUAAGUUAAGGUGUCUGUUGUUAAUGAAGAGUCAUGUUUAAGGGAUACAGAGACUCUGAGUGUGGCGUAGGAGAGCGGACUUCUGUUAAUAAAGGCUGAACGGCGGCUCUGUGAUUCAGAGGGAGGUGUGCCACCCGCCCCUCACAGGGGAGACUCCCACUAAUAGAUGGGGAAACUGAGGCCCAGAGAGGCAACACAACAGCAACACUGAACUCAGGUCUCUGUUACCUGGCUCCCAUCACACUGGAAACGGAGGGGUUGUUAUCAUCCAUAAAAUUAGCAGAGUUGCCAUUCGCGGUCCCUCAGUGCCAGGCUCUAGACAGGCAUUGUCUCAGGCUGGCAUGUGAACUCCAUUUAUCGCUCAGAAAGUGGAGGCUCAGGAGUUGGUAGGUCUCGGGGACAGAUGAAGGGGCAGGACCACAUCUGUGUGCCAGGCUCCAGAGCCGCGGAGCCCAGGGGUGCCAUUCCAUGCUGCCUCUUUGGUGCAAACUCCGGAAGGGAACAAGGUAGGAGAUGAGUCCUUCUCGGCACGGGGCCCUGGGCUAGUCACUGCUGUUCAUUAGCUCAAUCUUUGCAACAAUCCUAAGAGGCAGGGCCUAGUUAAUAUGCCCAUUUUGCAGAUAAAGAACCUGAGGCUCAGAGGAACAAAGGAGGUGACUUGCCAUCCAAGGUAACAGCAAAAGGGUAUAUCAAUUAGGAGUCCGUCGAACUCUUCAGCCCCCCCAAGAAGUGGCUUGUAGCCUCACUGGGGAAAUCAGAUUCACACACAUGCAAUGAUUAGUAAGGAAGGGUUAGGGGAUCAUGGGGCUGGCGGGGUGCAGGUAUCAGGAAGUGCUGCGUGAGGCCUUAUCUCAGGGGAGACCAGGCAGGUAGCAGGGAGAGGGUGCCUGUAGCACCCCCUCCUCAGCUUGGCUUCAGGCCCCACUGUGACCCAAGCCCAGCCCAAAAUAGUAUCACAGUCCCCAGCCACCCCCAGUGAUCGGCUCGGUUAGGGGACAGGAGCCCACAGCCAAUAAGCAUCACCUGGGGACUCUAGAAGCUACAGGACAGGGGCAUCCUCCUCCUGGGGUGCUAGACUGGGAGGAUGAAGCCUGAGUGGCUGGAGAGGGCUGGGGAGCCCUUACCCAGAUCUGACAACCAUUUCUUAGCACAGGCAAGUGGCGCCAGGUAUGCACAGGGUCGAAGCAAAAAUGCGAAGGUCACAGGCUCACAAGCUGUGGGCAACAGCCCCAGCCACACCAGAGCCCCACCUGGGCAGGGAGCAAGCUGA